UGAAAAAUCACUCAAGUCCAACUACAAAUAAACAAAUACUAUCAAACAGAUCUCUCCCCACACCGUCACCGACCGCCGUCGUCGGAUCCGUCAACUCCGUCACAUUUUUCUUCCUCCUCAUUAUUAGUAUCAUUAUUUUAUUAGUAUAAUACACACACAUAUACAUAUACAUAUAUCUAUAUAUAAUAAUAAAACCUCAUCAAAUCUUUCACACACUCUUUCUCCUACUUAAAAAAAAAAAGCUACUUCCUACUAUUAAUGAUAUCUUUUUAAUGUGUAUGCCUGCCAAAAUUGAGUGGAGAGAAAGCACUUAAAUCUGCAUUUCAUUCAUUCAGGAACAGGGUUUUUGUAGUACAAGAUGGGGUCUAAGAAUAAUCCGGCAAAUAGACGAAGAAGUCCGUUGUCUAUAAUCGUUGUGUUCGGGCUUUGCUGUUUCUUUUACUUACUAGGAACGUGGCAGAAAAGUGGUUUUGGAAAGGGAGAUAGCAUAGCGAUGGACAUAACCAAGAAAACCGAAUGUGAGGAUGACUUUGCUAGUCUUGAUUUUGACUCUCAUCAUAGUAUUCCUAUUCCCGAUUCUUCCAAACCAAAAGCUAAAUUGAUCAAGCCAUGUGAUGUCAAAUACACCGACUACACACCCUGUCAUGAACAGGACCGAGCCAUGAAGUUUCCAAGAGAGGAUAUGGUUUAUAGAGAAAGACAUUGCCCUCCUCAAGAGGAAAAGUUAAAAUGUCUUAUUCCAGCUCCAAAAGGGUAUUCAACUCCGUUUCCAUGGCCUAAAGGGCGUGACUAUGUUCACUAUGCUAAUGUGCCUUAUAAACAUUUAACCGUUGAGAAGGCCAAUCAACAUUGGGUGGAGUUUCAGGGUAAUGUCUUUAAGUUUCCAGGCGGUGGAACGAUGUUCCCACAAGGAGCAGAUGCAUAUAUUGACGAACUUGCAUCUGUAAUUCCAAUUGCCGAUGGAUCUAUCAGAACAGCUCUGGAUACUGGUUGUGGGGUUGCAAGCUGGGGUGCUUUCUUGAUGAAGAGAAAUGUGUUGGCUUUCUCAUUUGCGCCACGGGACAAUCAUGAAGCACAAGUGCAAUUUGCUUUGGAGCGUGGUGUGCCUGCCAUUAUCGGUGUUCUUGGAUCAAUUAGUCUUCCUUUUCCAUCAAGAGCAUUUGAUAUGGCCCAGUGUUCACGAUGCCUGAUACCAUGGGGGGAAAACGAUGGGAAGUACUUGAUGGAAGUUGAUCGAGUACUUAGGCCUGGAGGAUUCUGGAUCUUAUCUGGUCCUCCAAUCAAUUGGAAGACAUACUAUCAGACAUGGAAAAGGUCAAAAGAGGAUCUGAAGGCAGAGCAAAGAAAGAUUGAAAAGCUUGCUGAAUCUCUUUGCUGGGAGAAGAAAUAUGAGAAGGGAGAUAUUGCUAUAUGGAGGAAAAAAGUAAACACCGAAUCCUGCCAAAUGGAUUCUGUGAAUUUCUGCAAAUCCAGUGAUGCUGAUGAUGUAUGGUACAAGAAAAUGGAAACAUGUGUAACUCCCUACCCUAAAGUUAAGAGUGCAAAUGAAGUAGCAGGAGGGGAGUUGAAAAAGUUCCCAGCAAGGCUACAGGCAGUGCCUCCUCGUGUAUCCAAGGGACUAAUUCCAGAUGUUUCUGUUGAAUCUUAUCAAGAAGAUAGUAAACUUUGGAAGAUGUAUGUUGGUACUUACAAAAGAUCCAAUCGGUUAAUUGGCACCUCAAGAUACAGAAACAUUAUGGAUAUGAAUGCUGGUCUUGGAGGUUUUGCUGCAGCUCUUGACUCAAAUAAAUUAUGGGUGAUGAAUGUUGUGCCGACUAUUGCUCCAAACACAUUGGGUGUUGUCUAUGAGCGUGGUCUUAUCGGUAUAUAUCAUGACUGGUGUGAAGGCUUCUCAACUUACCCAAGGACAUAUGACCUUAUUCAUGGCAAUGGUCUAUUCAGCUUGUACGAGAACAAAUGUGAUUUGGAAGACAUCCUACUAGAGAUGGACCGAAUUUUGAGGCCUGAAGGUUCAGUCAUCCUCCGAGAUGAAGUAGAUGUAUUGACCAAGGUAAUGAAAAUCACAGCUGGCAUGAGAUGGGAUGUUAAAUUGUUGGAUCAUGAAGAUGGACCCUUUGUCCCUAAGAAAAUUUUUGUCGCCUCUAAACAAUACUGGGUUGGCAGCUCAAGCAACAACACAUCGAGUGAAUGAUCAGUUAAUUGGCCAUCAUUAUUUUAGACAACAAGUUAAUCUUUUGUAUUAUGCCACGACUAGAUUUCCAAAAAUAGGAAAUUCAAGAUUUGCAUUCGUUGAUAGGUUCAAAUCGGAACUUAAAGUGCAUAUCUCUGUGGGUAAAUUGUGUUUAGAGUUCGUAAAAUGUUUAGGUUAUUUAUCAUCAAAAAGGGGUUGUAAGAUUCAUGGAAGAUAACAGGGUGCUCAAUAAACCACUUUUUAGACUUGCAAAUCCUAAAUUGAAUACAUGUAAGUCAACAUAGUAAUGGAUUAUAGCAUCACUUAUGAGUUGGGUACGGACUUGUGAGUUUUGUAAUCGUGUUUCUGCUUUGUUUAUGUUUAUAAUGACAAUGGAUUGUUAUAAUUUUCGAGGAUCAGAAUAAAAUAGUUACUGUAUUUGAUUCA